AGCACUUCCGGGUCGGGCCAUAACCUGGAGCCGGCGGCAUAGGUUGGCUCUCUAGGGCUUCACCCUUAAGGUCCGCCUUCGCUCCCAGUCUUUCUGGAAACACCGCUUUGAUCUCGGGACAGCGUUGCAGACGCUAGUGUGAGCCCAUGGCAGAUACGACCCCAAACGGCCCCCAAGGGGCGGGUGCUGUGCAAUUCAUGAUGACCAAUAAACUGGACACGGCAAUGUGGCUUUCUCGCUUGUUCACAGUUUACUGCUCUGCUUUGUUUGUUCUGCCUCUUCUUGGGUUGCAUGAAGCAGCAAGCUUUUACCAACGUGCUUUGCUGGCAAAUGCUCUUACCAGUGCUCUGAGGCUGCAUCAAAGAUUACCACACUUCCAGUUAAGCAGAGCAUUCCUGGCCCAGGCUUUGUUAGAGGACAGCUGUCACUACCUGUUGUAUUCACUCAUCUUUGUAAACUCCUACCCAGUUACAAUGAGUAUCUUCCCAGUCUUGUUAUUCUCUUUGCUUCAUGCUGCCACAUAUACGAAAAAGGUCCUUGAUGCAAGGGGCUCAAAUAGUUUACCUCUGUUGAGAUCUGUCUUGGACAAAUUAAGUGCUAAUCAACAAAAUAUUCUGAAAUUCAUUGCUUGCAAUGAAAUAUUCCUGAUGCCUGCAACAGUUUUUAUGCUUUUUAGUGGUCAAGGAAGUUUGCUCCAACCUUUUAUAUACUAUAGAUUUCUUACUCUUCGAUAUUCAUCUCGAAGAAAUCCAUAUUGUCGGACCUUAUUUAAUGAACUGAGGAUUGUUGUUGAACACAUAAUAAUGAAACCUGCUUGCCCACUGUUUGUGAGAAGACUUUGUCUCCAGAGCAUUGCCUUUAUAAGCAGAUUGGCACCAACAGUUCCGUAGUUUAACAUCUAGUUAAGCUACAAAUAUAGUAUAAGCAUUAUUAGCAGCUGGUACUUCUGCUAGGGGUUGUAAAUUCCAGGUGUUACACUGACCUCAAUCCAAUUUACAUAAUUUACAUAAAUGCAUCUCAGUGGAAAAAUCAUUUUCUUGGCAUGUUAAAUCAAGCUUAAAAAGUUUUGAGAAAAUUUUACUGCGCUGUGUUGCUAAUGGUUAAAAAGUCUGUAUCUAGUGAUACAUGUACCAAUUUUUUAAAAAAGAUGCUGUCGUGCCUAUAUCAUGAAGUACAUUUAUUUCUCUUGUAAAAAUAGCUCUAAAAUUUGUUUCAACCGAAUUGGUAACCUGAGUUUAUAUCUGGCAUGAGUUUAUUAUGGCGAUAAACAUAUGUGAAUUCAGUACAUUUUGAGACAGUAUUCUACCAUUCAGUAAUUUUGGUUAAUGAUUUUAACACUUCUCAGUGUAUUUAAUUUCAAAUUGUUUUUUAAUUGGUUUUAUGCUGCUUUGUUAGGACAGAUGUGUUUUGAAUGUACCAUUAUAAGAAGAAUUCUGUGUAUCUUAAACUACGACCUUCUAAAAUUUUAUUUCCAUAAGUA